AUGCAACUGAUUUACGGUGGACAGCCAUUCAUCUUCGAGAAGACCUUAAAACUGUCUUCGGGAGAGGAGAAGCGCUUCUGGCGCUGCAACCAAUGGUGGAACCAAAAGUGUCGGUCCCGUGUCUUUACCAUCAACGAUGUUGUCUGUCCGCUUAACCGAUUUCACACGCACGAGGAGAUUGUGCGCCGAAAGAAGCGAGUGCGCCGCGUUCCACCGGUGGAGACGAUUGCCAAGGUGGUUGCUACAACCCCGAGGCAUCCGCAGCCGCAACAGCCAACCCAGCAACAACAAGAGAUCCAGAUGACCAGCGAUGCAAUUGCUGGAGCAAUACUGGACGACGAAUCCCCAGCCACAAUCGAUGUCAGCGAGUUGGGGAUGCACCUGAAAUACGAAGAAAUCGUAGCGGAUGUCACGGGCAUUGUGGGAGCCACGCGAGUGGUCAGCCGCAGGAAGUGAAGAUUGCUUUUUUUCUGAAGAAAUAUCGCAGGGUCAUUUUCCUUCUUUAUCAAAACUCAUGCUUAGAGUUUUCAUUUUUGAACUUGCCACGUCGAAACCCAAAAGCCAGACAGUUUUGAUGAAUUUAAAAAGGCUAAAUACAACUACUAGCCAAUAUUAACAUUUUUAUUAUAAUUUAAGAACAUAUAUUUAAACCAUUUUACUAAGUGUGAAGAAACAUAUUCCAAGGUUUCCUCCCUUUAUUUGUCAAAUUUUAUAAAUGCGUCAUGAUUUCUAAUGACAUUUUUGACACUUCUAGAUUACAUUCUGUUCCUUCUGUUAUGCCUUUAUUUAAACAAAAUUGACUUAGCUUACUUCCAUAAUUAAUAAUACAAAACUGCGUUUUAGGAGACGGACAAGCUAGCACUUAUGAUUCAGCUUAUAAACAAUUUAUUAUGUGUACAUUUAAUAAAAGUGACGUUCCCCAGUUCUACUUCACCAAGGGUCAGCGCGAGUCUGUGAAACUCAACUACAACGGUCAUAGUUACGUAAAGUUUAUGGAGAAUGGCCGCGGCACCAAGUGGAUCUGUGCCACCCGCUCCACCACAAAGUGCCGUGCUCGCAUCCGCACCACAAAAAACAACCGCCUGGAAGUACUGCAUGCGUCCCACAAUCACGACCUUCCACCGCAGAAGAAGGACCGCGGUCGAAUUCGUCAAAGUUUGAGAUCCAGAAAGUGAUUGGGAGUGUGACUGACUAUAGCCAACUUCAAACAGGGAGGUUUUCCCUUACUAUGCAAAUCUUUAUCAGUCAAUUUAAAAAUAGGUAUAGAUUAAAUUGGAAGUCAUUGAUUGUACUGAUACUGAA